AUGCUUAGAUCGACAAUAUCCUCAGUGUUCAACAAGAGGGCAACAAUGGCAACCACAACUAUUCCAAAGACCCAAAAAGUUAUUUUGAUUAACGAUACUGGUAGUUAUGAUGUGCUGAAAUACCAGGAUCAUCCGGUGCCUAGUAUUACUGACAAUGAAUUAUUGGUUAAAAACAAGUACAGUGGUAUUAACUUCAUCGAAUCUUACUUCCGGAAAGGUAUUUAUCCCAGUGAAAAGCCACUGAUCCUAGGUCGUGAAUCUAGUGGUACAGUUGUUGCUAAGGGUAAUUCCGUAAAGGAUUUUGAUAUUGGUGAUAAGGUUGCUUAUCUAUCUGGAUCUGCCUUUGCCCAAUAUACUAAGGUUGAUGCUGCUGGUAAAGUAGUUAAAUUACCAAAAGAUGCCAAUGAUGAAACGUUAAAGUUGUAUGCUGCUGGUUUGUUACAAUCUUUAACAGCACUCACUUUUAUUGAUGAAGCUUACAAUGUCAAGAAAGGUGAUUUCAUCUUAAACUAUGCGGCUGCAGGUGGUGUUGGAUUAAUCUUAGACCAAUUGCUAAAGGAAAGGGGUGCUCAUACGAUUGCAGUAGUUUCUACAGAGGAGAAAUUGGAAUUAGCCAAGAAGCAUGGUGCUGAAUACGGAAUUAUCUCCAGUAAAGAAGAUAUUGUCACUAGAGUUAAGGAAAUUACAAACAAUCAAGGUGUGGAUGCAGCAUUUGAUUCUAUUGGUAAGGAUACUUUUGAAACUACAAUUUCUGCACUCAAAAGGAAGGGUACUUUUGUAUCUUACGGCAAUGCUUCUGGGCCUGUUAGCCCAUUCCCCUUGACUAAGCUGACCGGAAACAUUAAGAUUUUGAGACCGUCGCUAUUCUCCUACAUCGCAACAAGUGAGGAAUGGAAACAUUAUUCUAGGGAAUUUGUUUCUCUGGUCAGUUCUGGUAAAUUAAAGAUUAAUAUUGGCCAUGUGUUUCCGCUAAGUGAGUAUCCAAAGGCAACCCAGCUCUUGGAAGAAAGAAAGACCACUGGUAAACUAGUCUUGGAGAUUCCUCAAUGA